GGGAAAGCUUUGUUUCAUCUUCGAUACGCCGUCUGUGCGAAAACUUAGAAACCCUAAGUUACGCUUCGAUUCAGCUUCCCGACUCGAACAAAUCUGAAACAAUUACGAGAGUUACACCGGAACGAAGCGUCGCUUGAAAGCAUUCAUUAUCUAUUCUUGAAUGCAUCCCCUUUACUUCUUAUCCCAGAAUUUUUGACUAUAAAAAGGCUGAGCUACGUACGAAUGUGUUUUUAGGCAAUUGAAGAAUAAAGAUGAGGAUGGAGUGUCUGAGAACAAUGAAGGUCUGCCUCGGGCCUUGUUGGGAAGCUGCAAUGAUCGUGCAAGGCAUAUUCACGCUUCUUCUACAGGUCUUUCCCCAAAUUUCAAGCUUUUAUCUCUCUCACACUUCAUUUUUUUUAUCAUUCAUAUGUUUUUUGUUUAUAAGAAAAAGGGAAUGUAGGACUGUGUUAAAGUUGAUUUUGUUUUGUAAGAAUUAGAUUGUUUCUUCCGAAGUAUUUGUAAAUGGAGGAAUGAAACUUGCGGUCGAGGAGUCUGACAUGACUGCAUAGCUUCUCAUGACGCAUUUACUCAAAUUUGAUGGCAUCAAGAAGUACAGAAGGGGAAUCAGGAGUACAAAGAAAGCAGAGUUUAGUUUCUCAUCUCUUGCAUUCUUCUUUUGUCUGCAUCAUAGACUAUAUUUACACUAUAAGAAUGUCACUAAUAGUGUUGAACAACAUGAAUCACGUACUUAUGACUAAUGAGCUAUGAGGCUUUUGGAUGAGUUGCAGUGAUCUGAAUUUUGACUAUAAACAAACCUCCCGAGUGAGACAGAAAAGAAAACGUUACGAGAAAGAGAAAACGGUAAUGGAGGCAUCUAAAUUACUAUGGGUUGCAGCACAUUGGUGAUAGGGAGGAAUCACGAGAAGGAGAAGAUGAAGCAAGAGAUAGAGAGAAAAGAAGAGGAAAUAAAGAAUCUUGGAGAGAAAGUUAGAGAAGAUGAAAAGGAGAAGGAGAGGAACUCCUUCUGCAGAAGCCAUUGGAAGGUUGGGAAUAGUAAAGCUCGAAGGUACUUGAGGAACAUGAAGAAGAAGAAGCCUAUUCCUUUCUCACAUAAGUUUCCACGUGCUGAACCUCUUUCUCUUCACCUACCAGAAAUGUUGUCUUCUAAACCCAAUGACCUCCUUACAGCGGAAAGGUUUUUAAUGGUUUGGAGUGAAAGAUUACCUACAGUUCUUCGAAGGGGAUCAUAGAGCUGGGCUGAGAAGAGAGGAAACAAUAUCUAGCGAGAAUGUUGGAGGCUCACACAAGCCAGAUAUUUGCAAGGAUUACAAAGAUACUGGAUACUGCGGAUUAGACUCACAUGACCAUGGGUGUUACAAAGUGGGAUGAACAUAGAGAAAGAGUGGGAAGAUAAAUACAGCUAUAGGAGUUUAAGAUCAGAAUUAUGACGGUACUGACAUCAACAGCAACGUGGACAAAGAUACAUUGCCCUUUGUCUGCUUCAUAUGCAGAGACCUUUCGUGGAUCCAGUUGUCACCAAUGGAAGCAUUACUUAUGUGUUCUCUUUAUGGUUUAGUUGAGAGAGCCCUCUGCUGUCUGCUCAACGUUUUCUGGAUAGAGCAUAUUUAGCUUAAUAUUAAGUGUUUUCAAAACAAAAAAGCUAACAUACACUCAUUAUGAUUGUGCAGAACAAACGAUUUAUAUAUAAAAAUAAAAAGCAUAUG